CUCUGUCCUACUGUUGUCUGUCAGCUAGACGAGAACUGGCAUAGCUAGCUGGCUAUCUGAAAGGAAAUAAAACAAUUCUCAACAUUUAUGGUUUCUAUAGAGGACUAUUUUAAAUAUUGGCAACCCCACUGUUAAAAUGAAAAAAGAAGGAACGCGCUGUUGGGCCUAACUGCUCUGAGCUGAGUCUGUUCCCCAUCAUUCCCUUGACCCCUGACCCUUGACCCCCUGGACGGCAUAACCAUGACGACGGGGGAGUGUUGCCACCUCCCGGGCUCUCUGUGUGACUGCACUGGCAAUGCUGCCCUGUCCAAAAGCGUGGAGGAGUCGGAUAACUGCAGAGCGCAGUAUGUCACCCAGGUCACAGCCAAAGAUGGACGGCUGCUCUCCACCGUCAUCAAACCCGUGAGCACACUGAGCGAUGGGCCAAUCUGCCGGAUCUGCCACGAGGGGGCCAACGGCGAGGGGCUCCUGUCCCCCUGCGACUGCACAGGGACUCUGGGCACGGUGCACAAGAGCUGCCUGGAGAAGUGGCUCUCCUCCUCCAACACCAGCUACUGUGAGCUAUGCCACACAGAGUUCACCAUUGAGCGCAAGCCCAGGUCCCUCACAGAGGUAACAAAGUGGAUGCGGGACCCGGGCCCUCGGAACGAGAAGCGCACGUUGUUCUGUGACAUGCUGUGCUUCCUGUUCAUCACGCCCCUGGCAGCCAUCUCUGGCUGGCUGUGUCUGAGGGGAGCCCAGGACCACCUGCACUUCAACAGCAGACUGGAGGCCGUGGGCCUCAUCGCCCUCACCAUCGCCCUCUUCACCAUUUACGUCCUCUGGACUCUGGUAUCCUUCCGCUACCACUGUCAGCUCUACUCUGAAUGGAGACGAACCAAUCAGAAAGUACGCCUGCUCCUUCCAGACGCGAAGGGUGGGCAUUCUAGCCAGCAUUCCUUGCUCUCCACGAAGCUGCUGAAAAAGACAGCUGAUGAGACCAUAGUAUGAGGUUAAAGGUGGGAAGAUUGAAGUUGGUGUUCUUCUUCGUGUGCUGGAGGUUUGCGGCAAAAAAACAAGUCUCCAACCAGAGCCCAAGUACUUGUGGAUGAAUAUUAUUUUCUUUUUCUGUUUAAAUCCUUUUCACCUACGUGUAUCAUCAUCAUCAGCACUUCAUUUUCCACCUCUCUUUUUUAUUAAGUCGUGUUAGCCUCUAAUGGUGUUAUAUUGAUCUGGUAAAGAAACCAGUAUGUUAGAGGUCAUUGAGUACCGUGCGGUAUGGUGCUUGUGAAGGUUUGGAAAAGGGCAGUUGAUUGGAUGGUACUCCACUGGGCCCUGCAAAGAGACGACAAAGGAUUGGACAGAUCCUCAGUGGAGAUGGCUGCUGAAGCUUUAAAAACAAACCCUAGCGUUUAAGUGAACAUUUACUCUUUUUUAUUUUCAGUUCUCCACAACCGACUAUAAAAGUGUAGCAUGGAUCGUUGAUGCUGAUCUAAGGCGAUUCAUCCAGCGGUUGAUUCCCUAAUCACUGAGCGCAGAAGUGAGAAGCUUUGACUCCUGUUCACCAGCCACAGGCUAUUCCACUAGGGGAUUAUAGAUGCUCAUGAUAUUUUAUACGCAAUUCAGUUGACUCCCUUCAAUUUAACUCCAUCUGUUUUCACCUUGGUCUGAGCAGGAAUGUUGUUCGUGAAGAUCGAGAUUGUGCAAUAAAACACAGUGGAUGCGGGUGCUCUCACAGUAUGUGACGAGACUGCUCCCAACACGCACAGUUAUGCAUGCGAUGCACUGUUUCUUUUUUCUUUUUGGGGGGAAAAAUAUUGUUUCGUUUAUUACUUUGGGGGAUUGUAAGAGAGGUUGGUUGAGCUUCCAUUGAUCUAGUGUUGCUAGUUUGUAUGUUGAUCAGGGUUUCCUCCCUAGGAGUAUAGAGAGGUCUCCUACUAUCAGCACUUAAUGAAAACUGUCCAAAUAGAGUGAGCUGACCUAUGUAGGUCUAGAUGCCACUGAUGAAAAAAAACUUUAUGGAAAAGUAUAUUCCACAAACAUGAAGUUCAAACUUUUUGUGGUUGAUGGAAAGUAAGGCUGACUUUUCCAGUAUCGGAAGGUCAAGUACAGACUUACAGGAAAUCAAUAGUACAUUACUCUACUAUGACGAGAGUCCAAUGAAAAGCUUUUAGUUAGUGUGUUUUUUGUAUUGGUGUGUUUCUUUUUGUGUAGUCACGUAACAAUAGCUAGUAGUCACAUGCAGCAAGAGCAUAGAUUGGUUGGUUGAUGUUACUGCAGGUUUUGUAGCAGUUGUAUUCCCUCUGAUAUGCAGUCGACCAGACUCUGACGUCUACACUCAGACGUAUCUAUAGACUUAGACUGUACCUUGACAGUAGAAGCCAGUGUCUGGUUCUAGACCGUUAUGGGUUUUGUUGUUAUCCAUCUACCACAGCUUUAAAACAUAUGAGGUGACCUCUGGAUGAGAGAGCGAUGCAAAAACAACAUAGCUCUUUGUGUGGGUUUUGUGCAUUUGUUUUCUUCCAUGUACACUGUAUGGUCCUUUCAGAUGUCCCACUGUCUUAGCAAAGCUUCAUUUCUACAUAUUUGUAUAUGUAUUGUUAAUCAUAGUGUCCUUGGUUGAACGUAAAAGUAUUGACCCUGAAUCUUAAAAGCUAUUAACAGGCCUAAAGAGAAGAGGAUUAAUGCAAAUAUCCUCCUCAGUAGGGAAAACUCACGUUAUGGUGCACAGAAGCCAAAAACCUAGGCCUAGAUUUGUUGCUCAUUUGUGUCUAUGAUAGUAGAAUUUGUUUUAAUCCCUUCAUAGCAAUCAUGCUCCUGUGUAUUGUUCAUCUGUAGGUGCAGGUUAAACUCUUCCGGUACCUGAGGGUUGAUAACCUGAAGGGCUUUGCAGUGGAACAGCUAUGCACUAUAAAGGUUUAUUUAUGCAGCUGUGAGAACCCUGGUUGUGGGAGUGGCAUUCUGAAAUCAGCUUAAACUUGAAGAAAAUGGUGAUCUCCAGUAAACAAAAUAGGAAGUCAUCCUCAGCAUAGAUGGACAAUAGUCAGCCCAGUUCAGUGUAGUGUCCUGUUGGGAGACCCAUUCUGAAAAUGGAUAGACAUUUUUUUUAUUUGUAAAGUGGCGAUUGUCACUCUAAAGGAAUCCUCGCCUGGAAAGAAUUGUUGAUGUUGUUAAAGGGUAGAUAAUGUUGUGUAAUAGUAAUACUAGAGCUUAGUAUGAGGUUAUUUUCCUGUAUGUGUGGAGUGGAACAGUGUUGAGGAUCUUUCAGCAUGGAAAGAGUUCUUAUCUGCGUUGUCAGCGAUGGGCCACUGCCCGUGUCACAUGCGGUCUCUGAUUGGUGAGUUCACCUCCAGCUGACGUGUUGGGAGCUAUGGAGACUUUGCAAUGUAGGGUGUAGUUACAGCACGUGUGCAAUUUGAUAACUUUACAAUGCAAUUCUUACCUAUAACCUUAACAAUACGUAAUGAAAUCAGAAAGAUAAUGUAGAAGGAAGUGCAUAUGAAGGAUCAUAGCAGUUCGCUCACUUGUGCGGGCUGAGAGGGCUACGAUAGGAUGUUUGAUUUUGCUAUGCGAGUCUGUGAGUUGCCUACAAUAUGCAUCACUGCUCCCAGUGAAGGCAGCUCAGAGACUUGCCUUAUUAUACUCCAGUGUUAUAACCGCUAACUCAAACAGUUCCUUCUCUCCAAAGAAGCAUUGUUUCUUGUGUUUUAUACCGGUAUAUCAAAUGGCACUUUCACAAAACUAUAAUGGAAAUGAAUUCAGUGUGGUUGUUUAUAUGAUCUCCUAAUACAGACUUUGAAAGGGAUUUAAAAGUGUUACUGAUAUUUUCCCAGUUUCUGGUGUUCGGAUAUUGCUCCUCUGAUUUUGUUUUUGAUUUGAAGAUGAAACAAAGGGUCCAGGGCAUUGUCAUGCUCAUGUGUAAAAGGAACAACAGACUUGUUUUUGUUUGUUAAUGUUUGAAUCUCAUAUUAAUUUUACCACCGUUUUUAAUAUAUUCAUGUGUAUCAUUUGUAAUUUGUUUCAAUUAUUGAUUAGGCACAGGAUUUUUAUCAAUCUUAAACAUGUUUUGAAAUACUAUAGUGUUUAUGUUGUGCAGUGUGAAAAGAAAGAUGUCUUCACCAAAAUAUGUUGGUGCUUGCAAUCAGCCAAGAAAAGUGUGCAAAGCAAAUAAAAAAUGAAGCUACAGAAUGGAUAAACA